UCAAAAGCAGUUUUGUAAUCCAUGACCUGAAUAAGUUAUUGAGAAAUGAGCUAGAAUAAGUUUUACAAUAGUUUAUUCAUAAUUAACCAAUUUUAAAAACAAAAAAAAAUGGUUGAAAUAUUCAUUUUGGAUUUUCUUAGAUAUUUGUCUAAACUUUUCAACUGAAAACAAAAAAAACUCAUAAAAUUUACACGGUUACUUGUACCAUUUUGAUUUUAGUCGAUUGGAACCUUUGAUGUAACUAAAAGGAGUCUAUUUACAAUGAUUAAACCAAAAUUAAUUAAAUGAUUUGAAUAACCACUCACUUAUUACCAACCGGUUUAGUAAGUAUAUAUGGUAAUGGGCCUACUGUACUCUACUACUCUGAAUUGUUGGACUUGAGCCAUGUAAUAUUUGCUAUUUUGGGUAAACAACGACAAAAGAAAGUUAGACCAUAUUAACCCGGUUUCUUAACUGAGAUUUUUAGUUUCGGUUAAGAGUCGGUUCUUAAUUUUUCUUAUAUUUUAAGUAAGAAAAAUUAAAGCAUAUUUCUUAAAUAAAAUAGAUAAGAACCAUUUUUAGCCAAAAAAGUAAAAAAUAAAAUAAAAUAUCAAAUCAUGAAUUAAAAACCUCGGCUAAGAAACCGGGGUUAAUUAUAUCUUUAUGUAGGAGAUUUCAGCAUACCGGCUGAUUGCAAAACCGAGCCGGUCGGUCUGAUUCGUAUUUGGAACAAAGCACUUAGAUGACAUGUGGCCAGGGUAUUUUUUUACAUGGCUGAAACCGAAAGACAUAUCUACGUAACAACUAAAAUACCCACGCGCCACAUUUUUGAAAGUUGAAACCCUUAAUCUUUUCUAUCCAAUUUAUUUUCACUAUUUUCCCACAAACAGAUCAGUUCUAAUUAGAAUCGAAAGAUUUUGUAGGAAAUCUCCCAUAAAUUACUCACUGGAGUUUCCUUUCCUUCUUUUUACGUCGGUAUGCCGUCAAUAACUUACUGACCAGUGGAAAUCUCGGAAGCUUUUUCGAAAUUUGGUGCAUGAAAGUAUCUCUUAAAUCAAGAAAAUGAGGUAUGGUCAAAAAUAUAGUCACCAUUUCACUAUAUUCCUUUUCUAAACUCCACCUAUAUUUUCAUAUUUUACCACCUAUAUAUCCACAUGCUGUCAAAAGAAAAGAAAAAAAGAUUAAAAUUUUCAUAUCUGCUCAGUAAAAAAAAAUUCAUGGAUUCCUCAUCUUCUUCAUCCAUAGUAUCCAUCACGAGAGAACAGUUCAAUGCUUUCCAUGGUUUUGACCGAGCUCUUUUCACUCGGAUUGUCAUGUGUCUAAUAGGAGACAUUACCCAGUCUUUUCAGGUCAUGUCCUUUCUCAUCUAUAUUGAAAGAAUUUAUCUCAAGAGCAACAGCCUAAUCAGCGAUCUUGUUUCUUUAUCUGACCAUUCCAUCAACACCAUUGUUGACGAAGUCAUGAUAUGUCUACGUUGCUUGUCCUACGAACAUUUCCCAACGUUCCUGGCCACCUUGGGGAACAUCGCUGCCUCAUCCAUACCUUGGACCAGGAGUUUGACCGGAAACAAGUUGACUCUCGGAGUCAUCCACCAGAAGCGCAGAGAAAUUCUCCUUGAGAUGACAAAGAUUUUAAACACCAUAUGCUACCCAGCUUUUGAGGAUAUAUGCGUGCACAUUGAGAUGCACAAAGAGAAGAACAUGUCUACGUUUUUCCAGUCCAUGUGUGGUGGACAAGAAACAAGUAACUAUGUAGCAGCGGCAACAAGCAACGUUCAUGAGGGUCAGCACGUAUGGGCAGAGGACAGGACUGUUUUCCUCAAAUUUUCUAAAGGAUACCCAAUCUCUGAAGCAGAAGUGCAUGCCUACUUCACCUGGAGAUAUGGAGAUAUUGUAGAAGCGAUACACAUGGGUGGAGUGGGAGGGAAGGACCAAGCGAUGUAUGCAAGCAUGGUGUUACGUUCUGCCGCCAAUAUUCCAGAUAUUGUAAACGAUGGGGUUGGGAAAACCAAAUUCACCAUUAAUGGAAAACAUUUUUGGGCUCGAAGAUUCAUUCCCAAUCACAGAAUCCGCUAAUAAUCUUUCGUUUGAUCUUUGAGGAGUUCCGAAAGGCAUGUAUGUGGCUUUUUCUUUAAAAAAAAAUUUGGGACCUAUUUUAUUUUGGAUGUAUGGACUUUUAUUUGGUUGGUGAAUUUAUCUCCAAACUGUUUAGCAUGGA